UGUAUCGCCGCCUGCCGCCCGAGGAGACGGAGGAGCUGCGCCUCCAGCCUCAAGGAUCAGAAGAGGCCAAAGCGUUUGUAAAUGCCUUCCUGAAGCGCAGUAUGCCCAAAAUGAAAGAUGAAGCUAUCCAGGAUAUAUUAACUCAGAAAGCUGUAGUUCUUGAGCAUUAUUCCAAAAAAAAGACAAAGCAAAAGAGGAAGAAAACAAAAGGUUUCACUGCCAAGCAAAGACGGGAAAUGCGUCUUUUUGAAAUUGAACCUGAACAGCAAAGAUACGCAAUCUUUCUACCACUACACGAACUCUGGAAACAGUACAUCAGAGACCUGUGUCAUGGACUUAAACCAGAUACGCAACCACAUAUGAUUCAGGGCAAACUGCUAAAAGCUGAUCUCCAUGGAGCUAUUGUUACAGUCACAAAAUCAAAGUGCCCCUCUUAUGUUGGGAUAACAGGAAUCAUUCUACAGGAAUUUAAACAUGUCUUCAAAAUUAUCACUAAAGAGGACAAGUUAAAAGUUGUUCCCAAACUCAACAAUGUAUUUAGCUUGGAAAUCGAUGGAUUCAUUUCCUACAUCUAUGGAAGCAAGUUCCAGCUUAGAGCAAGUGAGCGAUCUGCAAAGAAGUUCAAGUUGAAAGGAACUAUUGACCUAUGAUUUCAUGGAAAAUCAGAAGUAUUAAUAGAAAUACCUGCUGAUUUCCUGCAGUGUAAAGACCAGGUUUUCUGGCAGAUUAAAAAUGAAAUAGCUAUGUGAAAUAUUUCUAAAGCAUUUCUUCUUACUGAAGAAUGACUAGUAUCUGUUGUUUUUAAAGCAGUCUCUCACACUGUUGGAGUUGUAUUGUAUCUGUUUUGUUAUUUAUAUAUAACAUUCUGGCUUUUAGUAAACUUACAUGAUUAG